CAAAAUAUUUUUUUUAAACCUGCCAUACUGACUUUUGAAUUUGUUGUUUUAUUCCAAGAACCGAUCGCCAGACCCUUGCAUCAAUACACCCAGACAUGUGCACCUAUCAAAGUAUUUGAUUGCGAUGAUCGUAAAACAAUCUACUAUCAAGGAACAAGGCCUGUGCUUGUUUCACUGCUCGUUCUUGUGCGUAUUUACCAGCCUUUGAACAACCCUGCAGGUGCUGUGUCUCUGAAUGUUUGAUUGUCUUUUCCAAUGAAUGGGGUUUAUCUAAAAAGCCAUUGAUUGAACAAAACAAGACUGCAAUCCAUUGCUAUACUCUUGUAUUUUUUCUGCAACAGGCAGUGCGAAAAUUUUUGCUUCGUACCACUUGUUCUUCAUACCUGCCCGUUUUUGACCGAAUUCCACGGUUUGGAUAGCUCACGUAUCAGCAUAGAGAUGCACAUAACUCGUCUAAAUGUAAUAUAAAUUUAUUUAUUGGGUAGCUCUUGUAUGUAUCACGUGUUUUUAGCAAGCAAAUCGUGUGAUCAUAUUCCUCUGUUACCUGAUUUACAAAUGUGUGAGGAAGGGUAAAUGGACAGCAUACUAAACAAAGCGCAAUUGCCAGGAAAGGGAGCCUGCCAUCAAAAUAUUUACCUAAUUUAUAAAAAAAUGACCCCAAAUAUGAUGGAUAAGAAAAUAAUCAGGAACAUACGGUAUCUCUGUGCACAGGUUGUGCAAAGGGCAAACAGCGGACAUCCAGGCACUCCUCUCGCCCUCACCCCUUUCAUGCAUGUGCUGUACGGCAAGAUCCUCAAGAUUCAUUCCAACAGGCUCAGCCAUCCCGAGCGCGAUAUCUUUAUAAUGUCGAACGGGCAUGCAUGCACCAUUCAGUACGUAAUGCUGGUUCUCCAUGGUAUUUUAGAAAUGGAGGAUUUGAAAAAUUAUAGGCAGCUGGGAUCUAAAACACCGGGCCAUCCGGAGAUCUUCACAGACGGUGUUGAGGCUACAACGGGACCGCUCGGGCAGGGGCUGGCGAAUGCUGUCGGAUACGCCAUUUCAAUCACGAAGAUCAAGUCGAAAGCAAAGGUGUACGCUUUGUUCGGCGAUGGGUGCUACCAAGAGGGCAUCUCGCAUGAGGCAUUCGCGUUGGCCUCUCACCUCGCUUUGAGGAACAUAACAUUCAUCUACGACUCUAACAACGUAACCAUCGAUGGAUCAACAGAGCUCUCUAUGUCCGAUGAUCCAGUCCUGCGUUUCCAAUCAUUCGACUUCGACAUAUACUUGGUCAGCGGAGAGGACCUGGCUGAAAUCGAGAGAGUUUUGAGGAUCGAGGCGAAGAAGCCAAAAAUGAUCAUUCUGCAGACUCGAAUUGCAGAAGGAUGCAGCAGAGUGUCUGAUUACAAGACACACGGCGCACCACUCGGGCAGAGUGUGGUCGAUGAGCUGAAAGACAGUUUCAGAGAAUUCGAGUUUGACGAUGAUGUUCUCGAGUUCUACGGUGAAGCCAGGUCGAGAAACGAAAAAAUGUUUGAAGAUGCUGGCGAUGGUAAUGACGAAACCUAUGACAGCCUUCUGCUGCGAAAUGCGAGUAAAAGCCUGGAUUGUGUCAAUGAUUACAUAAAGUGCACGAAGAAGAUGGCAACACGUGAGCAUAUCCCGCACAUCCUUGAUGAAUUCUCGAAGUACUUUAGGAUAGUCGGGGGAUCAGGUGAUCUUACGCCCUCAACACUCACAAGAAACAACACAGACACCGAUUUCACCAAAUGCUCUGACGGUAACUAUAUACGGUUCGGUAUCAGAGAACACGCCAUGUUCGCGAUUCUGAGCGGAAUAACAGCACAUGGGUACUACCGUGCCUUCGGUUCGACAUUCCUUAAUUUUAUAUCAUACGGCUUCCCGGCUGUUAGAUUGGCAGCCCUGUCGAGAAUCCCGAACAUUUAUCUGAUGACACAUGACUCUAUCGGUCUUGGCGAGGACGGACCUACGCAUCAGCCGAUUGAGAUUCUUCCGCUGCUGCGUGCAACACCUAAUCUGUACGUUUUUCGACCUUGCGAUGGUCUCGAAUCACGCUUUUCAUUUUGGUUCGCAGCAACGAGACGGGAUUCGCCCACCGUUAUUUGCUUCACAAGGCAAAAGAUACCCGAAAUUGCGGAGACUAGUCUUGAGCAAAUGAAACGAGGCGCGUAUUUCCUGACCAAACCUCGUGACAGUCAGGUAACCAUCUUGGCAUCGGGUUCCGAAGUGUCUAUUGCUCUUGAGACAGCUGUUCUUCUCAGCUCCCGCAACAUAUCGACAGCUGUGGUUUCGUUCCUAUCCUUCGAGUUGUUCGAGGAGCAGCCUCGUGACUACAAGGAAACGAUUCUCCAUGACAAAAUGAGAGUGUCUCUCGAAGCGUCAUCAACCUUUGGCUGGUCACGCUACGCACAUUACAGCAUAGGGAUCGAUGAGUUUGGCCAUUCUGCCAAGUCAGAGGUUCUCUACGAUCAUUUCGGGCUUGUCCCCCACAAGCUAGCCGAAAAGAUUUUUGGUUUUCAUAAUGAGUACAUCAAGUCAGGCAAUAAAUUCUGAUCAAUGCUAUUUUUGCUUAAAUAUCCAUACUUAACA